AUGCACAAUUUCCGUAGCGGCCGCCGCAAAAUUACCCACACAGGGACAAGCGUAUCACAGCGGCAGGUCGAUGAUGGAUUGGUUGAUUUUCGAUUACCUUCGCGUUUGCCUUCGCAUUUGCCUUCGCACUUGUUGGAAUUAUGCACGGACUCUUCACUGAAAAUGGUCAGCGAUCACACAGCUGUGCGCCUGAAAGUGCGCAUUUCUGACAUGCCAGUACAGAGGAAUCACACAUCCAUGAAAACUGCGGCUGGCAAGUGGUCUCGUGUGUGCGAGGAAGCAUACGCAAGCACAUUCGAAAACGGUGCGAGCAAUGUCCGCGUGUCUCCCGACCCCGAGGCGUGUCAGCAAAUCGAAAUUUCAAUGGUCGAGUCCGCUGUGGUUUCCCAGACCAAUUGCGGUCAUUAUUUGAUUGUGCAAGCAUCUCGCGACAUUGUUAUACGCCAGAUUACACCCAAUUCUUGA